GUUCAAUAGUACAAUAGGAAUAUUGGGUUUCCAGGUGAGCGAGCAUGCAUACAUGCACGAACUGACUGACACGCGUUGUUCUUUUAAUUAUGUAGAUUGUAAAAGUAAGUGGAUUGUAUUAUAAUAUAUCCCCUUGCAACAGUUAAAGAAGGGUUAAUUAAAAUAGUUAAUGCACUAUGUAAUAAUAUUAAUAAUGUGAGUAAAACAAGUGUUUGGUGCAAUUUAUAAAGAAUGUAUCAUCUCUUUUUCCAAGAAAGGAUCUUUCUAGCAAUAUAUAGAUAUUUUAUGCUGGGUAAAAAAAAUCUUAAAAUAAGUAUAACGAAAAAAAGAUCUUUAGAGAACCAUGCACUUGCUGUAAUAUUUUUAUAGCUGGUAAAGGCAGGAUGCAAUAGCUAUAAUACCAUAUACUAUAAUUCUUUGUUAUUAUUUUACCUACAUGCAUUAGGAACCCAAAACAGACAUUGAUUUGAAAGAAAUAUGUGAAAGAUAGUGAUUCAUUGCUAUAUAUUUUUCCACCCAUGUAAGUUGUACCAAUUGAAAUAUCAUAACAGUGACAAUAUAGUGAUUCGAAAGAUUAACUUAUUUUGUCUUACAAAAAGAAGAGUAGGAAGUGGUUUUAUUGAAGCUUACAAGAUUAUCCAAGGAUUGAUAGGAUUACAGCCUCUGAUCUCUUUGUGCUAGAUUCUGAAGAUAAUAAAACAAGAGAACACAAGCUUAAGAUUUGGAAAUGACAGGCUAGGCUCCAGUUAAGACAAUUAUAUUUACAUGCCAGGGUGAUUGACUAAAAGCUGUCAGCAGUAGUUGUGCCAACACUUUAAACUAGUGAAAAACUUCAAGGCUGUCCUUAAACACUCAUCCUUUACUUUUCAGGAAAUCACUGAUUCUCUUUAAAUAACCUAUGGACAACAAGGGGCAAUUUCAAUUCUUCAAUGGGUCUCUCAAACUUUCAUUACCACAAACAUUUUGAAAAUUAUUUUAAUACCAAAAUGUCAAUAAAAAUAUAUUUUUUAAGUAGAACUAGAACAAAUUAUUGAAAAGUUUUAAAUGAAUUUAACUGAAAUAAUAAAUUAUAAGUACUGCAAAUGUUUUUCAUGAAAUGUAGAACUUGUUGCAAAAUUAAUAAUUUUGAUAGCUUUGCAUACAACCUUUUCCUUGUUAAUAAAUAUUCAUCUGUUUCAACAGGAGUUCAGAAGAGAAUAGAAUGAUUUGUAUUAGGCACAAUUUAAAAAAAACUUUACUGCACUGAAAAACGACACAAGAAAUAGUUGAAGACUAUUGCUGUUUUGUAGUACAACUGUAUUAUUGCUUUUGAAAAUAUGUCUUCACAAAUGACAAUGUUCAAGCAGUCAUCCCUUCUGAAGUGGGCAAAGAUGAAUAAAUAUGUUAAUAAAACAGGAAAGAGACUUUGGGUUCAUCCACCAGAGGUCUUGAAAACAGGUCAUGUAGCCUAUUUGGUCAAGUUUCUAGGCAAAAUAGAGGUAAAUCAACCUAUAGGUACGGAGGUUGUGAGACAAGGAGUUAAUCAAUUAAGGCUCACACAUAGUGUGAAAAAGUCCACGGGAGGACGGAUCCAAAGAGUGGAAUUGACAAUAUCUGUAGAUGGAGUGACUAUCCAGGAUUUCAAAACAAAGGAAAUUUUCUACCGACAUCCUCUUCAUCGGAUAUCUUAUUGUGCUGAUGACAAUACAGACAAAAGGUUCAUCAGUUUUAUUGCUCAAGAAGAAACUGGAAAACAUAGUUGUUUUGUCUUUUUUAGCAACAAACGGUCAAAAGAAAUAACUCUAACAAUUGGACAAGCCUUUGAUUUGGCAUAUUCCCGUUUUAUGGAUUCUUCAGGGAGAGACAUGGAAAUGAAGAAAAAUUACAUGAUCUUAAAAAAAAAGACUUUUCCGAUGGAGCUAUCUGAUUUUGGUUUACAAACACAUGUUGGUGAUACAAUAGAAAACCUCAGUUUUCAUAACACAGGAGACUUUAAUGCAAGAACUGAACCUGUUCCACUUAAUGGGAUAAAUCAUAUUCAAAAUGAGCAAAUACAAGUGUCAUCUGAUGAAACUGAGAAAAGUAAAGAUUUGUUUGGAGCAGAACCAUUUAUUCAUUUAAGUAAAACAAAUGUUGCUGAAGAUCCAUUUGGAAUGGGAAAAUUUAAUUCUUUUGAGUUAAAGCCUCAAGAACUGGAUAAUGGUAUUGGAGCUUUCGAUAAAAGGAUAUCAGAAAUGAAGGAUGAUUUCAGCAGUGGAUGCUCCUUUGGUAAUGAAGACUUCUUAUUGGAGAGUCUGGAUCCUUUAUAUAACAAGACAUCCUGAGUUAAAAAUCUGUGUCAAAGUGAUCAUAACAGAUUAUUGCAUAAAUGUAGAAUUAGCAAAAUGUUAAUUUAAGAAACAAAACAUUUAAAAUUUAGAUGCAAUACAUACCAGAAUAAUCUAACAAGUUUCAGGGAUAGUAAAAGGCCCUUUUCAUUAAAAGGAGAGGAACAGUUGUGUGAUGUCUGUAAAGUUUGUAUGUACUUGAUGAAGGAAUGAAGUAUUUUAUACUAUUUUCUACAGAAACAACAUUGAGUUGUUCCACUUUCAACAGAUUAUCUCCUUUCAAGCAAGUUUUCCAUCUUCAAAAGAGUCUGAUGUUGAUUAAAGAUAAACCCAGAAUCUGUUAAAGCACUUAUACUGAUGCAGGUUGUAAAUGGUUUUUUGUUAUUAGAUAUUUGGGAUUUGAUGAUUCACUCUUAUCUCCAAAAGUAUCCAGUGUAUAAGGGUUAGGUUAUGUGAUUGGAUUUAUUAAAAAAUUAAGUGGUAGAAGUCAUAUACUCUAAAUUUAAAAAAAUGUACAAUAAGUGAUUUUUUUCUUCUGAAUUUGUGUUUUAUGUGUAAAUCAAGAUUAAUUUAUGAGUGCUUGAUUGACAUUUUAAUUUGUGAAUUCACAGUAGUUUUGCAUUUAAUAUGAAACUGCUACAAUGAUAAUUGCACAAAAACUCAUUUCUCAUUCAAUACCCCUAAGGUUAUGAGCAUUUCCAAAUUGCUAGGACUUUGUUUUAAAGUACCUUCAUAUAAAAAAAAGCAACAAAAUAUAGGUUUUAGUUUGGAAAACAUUAUUGAUGUAUGUAUAUAUAUAUUUUUUUUGUUUUAUUUUGUUUAUCAAGUAUUUUAGGCAAUCAAACAAAGUAUCUUAAUGUUCCUUGAAAGAACAUUAUGAAAGUUACCUUCCGAGUGAUUUUUAACUCUGCAUUUUUUUUCAAGAAGCUUAGAUAAAACAUUUUUUAAACUUUUCUUUAAGGUUAUGUGUAUUGAAGUUAAAAACAUUGUAGUAAUAAAUUAAAAACAAACUGGAAAGCUGUUUGGGAGAUCUGCUACUUCAAGUUCAUCAUUUUAAAUAGGUAGUUUUCAAUAAAAUACACAAAUUCAAGAAACGUUUUCCAUCAUAUAAUAGGUCUUGAUGGGACAAAGGUCAGGGUUAUUAUUUGAUAUAUAAACACAAACUAUAUGCAAAAUACUUCCCAUUAUAAAAAAUGUUUUAAACAUACAAGUAAGUAUUACUUUAACAGGGAAACCACUGAUUGCACUGAAUAAUUUCAUGUUCUGUAAUAAUGUUUCUUAGCCACCAGUAAUGUAAAUUAUACAAUGAUUUUCUUCACUUUGAUCAUUGUCAUAAUUAUAAACUCACAAGUCCUCUUGAAAUUUGGUAAGAUGCAUCAGAAUUCUUUUCUGAUUUUUCUUUUUUGUGUGUGUUCAAAAGAGGGAUAAUUUGCCCAGGCUUUGCAGUUGGAACAGCAUUUUCCAAUUACAUGUUUCAGUUAGACAUCACUACAUACCUCUGUUACAAAACUUAUAGUAAUAAGUUUUUGUAGUGCAGGACAUUGGUUUGUAUAAUAUUCUCAUGGAAAAGAAAUAAGCCUGUAACAUGCACAUGUACUUCCUUUCUGUAAAUAAUUUUGGCUCAACUACUUGACUUAGCAUUUGUGUAGAGAAA